AUGAAAAGGGUUGCAGCAAACUUGGUGCCUUGCUUGUUCACGGACGAUCAAAAGCAGUCACGAAUGGAUGCCUGUCAUAAACUGAAAGAACAGUUGGAACAGUUGGAAGUUGAUCCAGAUCUUUUUUCGAACGUCAUCAAUGGUGACAAAAGCUGGUGCUAUGGCUACGACCCGGAAACGAAGCAGCAAUCAAGUCAGUGGAAGCAUCCAAGGUCACCACGACCCUCAAAAGCGCGUCAAGUGAAGUCCAAUGUCAAGACGAUGUUGAUUUGUUUCUUUGAUGUGAAAGGAAUUCUCCACAAAGAAUUUGUUCCUUCUGGUCAAACUGUUAACCAGGCUUUUUACUUGGAAGUCCUGAAGCGAGACAAGAUUAAAUCGUCUAUUGUGUGUGUAUGUCACCAAAAAAUGUCUUAUCUAUCUAUCUAUCUAUCUAUCUAUCUAUCUAUCUAUAUUGUGAAACACUCCCCCUCUAACUGA